UCAGGGAGCCCUACACAGUCCGUGUGGCCGACCAGCGCUCCAUGCGAGGUAAUGUUGCUGUGUUCAAGUGCCUCAUCCCCUCAGCUGUCCAGGAGUACGUCAGUGUCGUGUCCUGGGAGAAAGACACAGUCUCAAUUGUCCCAGGUAACCGUUUCUUCCUGACCUCAUUUGGCGCUCUGUAUAUCUCAGAAGUGCAGAAGGAAGAUGCUCUGUCCACCUACCGCUGCAUCACAAAGCACAAGUACAGUGGAGAGACUCGUCAGAGCAACGGAGCUAGGCUCUCUGUUAUGGACCCUACGGAGUCCACCCCAUCAGUGCUUGACAGCUUCCAAUCCGGUGAGGUGCAAAUCGGGCACAGUGUAGAACUACCCUGCAUCGCAUCCGGAUAUCCAAACCCCACCAUCCGAUGGCUGAAGGAUGGAAGGCCAUUACCAGCAGAUUCCCGCUGGACGCGGCGCAUCACCGGCCUCACCAUUUCUGACUUGAGGCUUGAGGACAGCGGCAACUACAUCUGUGAGGUCACCAACAGCUUUGGCUCUAAAGAGGUGACGGGUCAUCUCAAUGUCAUAGAGCCACUGCGGGUCACCUUGUCUCCCAAGAACCUGAAGACAGGGAUCAGCAGUACAGUCAUCCUAUCUUGUGCCGUCCAGGGUUCCCCCCACUUUACCGUGUCCUGGUACAGAAAUACAGAACCCGUUCUGCCUGAUCAGCACUUUUCCAUUCAAGGCGCUCACAAUGAGACCCUGUUCAUUUCUGCUGCCCAAAAAAGACACUCUGGAGCUUACCAGUGUUUUGCCACACGUAAGGGCCAAACUGCCCAGGACUUCUCCAUCAUACUGCUGGAAGAUGGUACGCCCCGUAUCGUUGCCUCCUUCAGUGAGCGGGUGGUAGUCCCAGGUGAACCAUUUUCCUUAAUGUGCGCUGCCAAAGGCGCACCCCCACCCACCAUAACCUGGACCCUGGACGAUGAACCUGUGGCCAGGGACCUGAUGCGAGUCCGUGCCAGCCAGUACACGCUCUCUGAUGGCAGCACCGUGAGCCAUGUCAAUGUCAGCAACCCACAGAUUCGUGAUGGAGGAGUGUAUCGGUGCGCCGCACGAAACUCGGCCGGUAGCGCCGAGUACCAAGCGCGCAUAAACGUAAGAGGUUCUCCAAGGAUUCGGCCCAUGAAGAACAUUACUGCGGUAGCUGGAAGAAACACUUUUAUAAACUGUCGUGUGAUUGGGUACCCUUAUUACUCAAUCAACUGGUACAAGGAGGGGCUUCUGCUGCCUGACAACCAUCGCCAGGUGGUGUAUGAAAAUGGGACUCUGAAGUUGAGUGACGUUCAGAAGGGGAUGGACGAGGGGGCAUAUGUCUGCAGCGUGCUCAUACAACCACAGCUGUUCAUCACACAGACUGUUUAUGUUACUGUCAAAGUUCCUCCAUUGAUCCAACCAUUUGACUUUCCACCAACUUCCAUUGGUAAAUUGAUGUACAUCGCCUGUGUGGUGUCAUCUGGAGACAUGCCCAUACGCAUCACUUGGCGCAAGGAUGGCCAGGAAAUUGUGCCCUCCUCAGGCAUCACCAUCGACACAAAAGAGUUCAUGAGCUCCCUCCAGAUAUCCAAAGUGUCACUCAAACACAAUGGCAACUACACCUGCAUUGCCAGCAACGAUGCUGCUACUGUGAGUACAGAGAGGCAGCUCACAGUCACAGUGCCUCCUCGUUUUGUGGUGCAACCUAACAACCAGGAUGGGAUUUAUGGGAAGGCAGGGAUCCUAAACUGUUCAGUAGAUGGAUACCCUCCUCCUAAGGUCAUGUGGAAGCAUGCCAAAGGUACACUAGCUGGUAUCGGCAACCCACAGCAGUACCACCCUGUGCCUCUGACAGGGCGUAUCCAGAUCAUGAGUAAUGGCUCCCUGCUCAUCAGACAUGUCCUGGAAGAGGAUCGUGGCUUCUACCUCUGUCAGGCCUCCAAUGGUGUGGGCUCAGACAUCAGCAAGAGCAUGGUCCUCACUGUCAAGAUCCCUGCAAUGAUCACCAGUCACCCCAACACUACAAUGGCAAAGAAGGGUCAUGUGAAGGAGCUGAACUGCACGGCCAGGGGAGAAUGGCCCAUCAUCAUCCGCUGGGAAAGAGGCGACACGGUCAUUGACCCUGACCAACCCCGAUACUCUAUUACCACUAGUCCCAAUGAGAAGACAGACGAGGUGUUGUCUACACUCAAGUUAAAGCCAGCAGAGCGUGAGGAUUCAGUCUUUUUCUCCUGUCACGCCAUCAACUCUUAUGGAGAAGGACGAGGUCUAAUUCAGCUUACAGUGCAAGAACCCCCAGACCCUCCUGAGCUAGAGGUGCGAGAAGUGAAGGAUCGUAGCAUGAAUCUUCGGUGGACACAGAGAUUCGAUGGAAACAGUGUCAUUACCUCCUAUGAUAUCGAGUAUAAAAACAAGACAGAUUCCUGGGAGUUAAAACAUGCCACUCGUAACAUCUCUCCAACAAACAACCAGGCCAAUAUAGUAGACCUUCACCCCGCCUCUGUCUACAGCAUACGCAUGUACUCCUACAACGCAAUAGGCAAGAGCGAGGCCAGUAAAGAGCUUACCAUCAGCACAGAGGAAGCACAGCCAGAUGGUCCUCCCAUGGAAGUGAUUCUUCAGCCAGUUACCUCUCAGAGUAUCAGAGUCACCUGGAAGGCUCCCAGGAAGGAGCUGCAGAACGGUGUGAUCCGGGGUUACCAGAUUGGUUACAGAGAGAAUGGCCCUGGCAGUAAUGGUCAGUACAGCAUUGUGGAGAUGAAAGCCACUGGAGAUAAUGAAGUUUGCACUUUGGACAACCUGAAGAAAUUUGCCCAGUAUGGCGUAGUUGUCCAGGCCUUCAACAGAGCCGGCACCGGUCCAUCAAGCUCAGAGAUCAAUGCUACAACCCUGGAAGACGUGCCCAGUCAGCCUCCUCAAAACGUGCGAGCCAUUUCAGUAACAUCAGAUGAGGCAGUAAUCACAUGGGCCGAGCCUCCCAGAAUGACACUGCAUGGUGUACUGAAGGGAUACCGUGUCGUGUUCUGGGCUGUCUUCCCAGAUGGAGAGUGGGGUGAAAUGCAAAACAUUACCACCACCAAGGAACAAGUGGAGCUCAGAGGCCUGGAAAAGUUCACCAACUACAGCAUCCAGGUGCUGGCCUACACUCAGGCUGGGGAUGGAGUCCGGAGCAAUGCUUAUAUACAAACCCGCGAAGACUACCCUGGACCCCCAGCUGGUAUCAAAGCUGUGCCCUCAUCUGCCAGUAGUGUUGUAGUGUCCUGGUUACCCCCUCACAAGCCAAAUGGAAUCAUCCGCAAGUACACCAUCUACUGCUCGAGCCCCGGGUCAGGCCAACCGCUGCCCAGUGAGUAUGAAGCCAAUCCCGAGCUGCUGUUCUACCGCAUCACCCACCUUAACCACCGGCAGCAGUAUUUAAUCUGGGCUGCAGCCGUCACGACUGCAGGUCGGGGUAACUUCAGUGAGAAGGUCACAGUGGAGCCAGCUGCUAAAGCUCCAGCUAAGAUCCUUUCAUUUGGAGGUACAGUGACCACUCCUUGGAUGAAAGAGGUGCGACUGCCCUGUAGCUCAGUAGGAGAACCUACACCUACCAUAAAAUGGACCAAAGACAGUGAGGACACAGCCAUCCCCGUAUCUCUAGAUGGACAGCGUCUCAUUCUAGCUAAUGGAACUCUGGUUCUCCGCUCGGUCAAAGCCGAAGAUUCUGGUUACUACACCUGCACAGCCACUAAUACGCUCGGCUUUGACACAAUCAUAGUCAACCUCAUGGUACAAGUCCCUCCAGACCAGCCCCGACUGACUGUGUCCACCACUUCCACCUCCUCUAUCACACUGACCUGGAUACCAGGAGACAACGGAGGGAGCUCUAUCAGAGGAUUUGUGUUGCAGUACUCCGUAGAUAACACAGAGGAAUGGAAAGAUGUGUUCAUCAGUUCUACAGAACGCUCUUUUAAACUAGACAACUUGCGCUGUGGUACCUGGUAUAAAGUCAAGCUGGCAGCAAAAAACAGUGUGGGAGCAGGACGCAUCAGUGAGAUCAUCGAGGCAAAGACCCAUGGGAGAGAACCUCAGUUCAACAAAGAUCAGCCUGUUUUCACCCACAUUAACUCAAGUCAUGCCCGCCUUAACCUCCAGGGUUGGGCCAGCGGGGGCUGUCCAAUCAGUGCCGUCACAUUAGAAUUUCGGCCAAAAGGUACAUGGACGUGGCAGAGUGUGCGAACCAAUGCCACUACAGAUGUGUUCCUGGCAGAGUUGCGUGAGGCCACCUGGUACGAACUGAAGAUGAAAGCAUGUAACAGCGCUGGCUGUGGCAAUCAGAGCUCACAGUUUGCAACUCUGGAUUAUGAUGGAAGUACAAUCCCACCAAUCAAGUCUCCCCUGGAAAAAAAUGAUGAUGUCAAAAAGCUGUUUUCUAUUGGCUGUCCAGUGAUCCUGGUCACUCUGGGUGUUGCACUCCUCUUCAUUAUUCGAAAGAAACGCAAAGAGAAGAGGCUAAAGAGACUACGAGAUGCCAAAAGUCUGGCAGAGAUGCUGAUCAGUAAAAACAACCGCAGCUUUGACACCCCAGUGAAGGGACCUCCUCAGGGCCCACGAUUACACAUUGACAUCCCCAGGGUGCAGCUGCUGAUCGAGGACAAAGAAGGCAUCAAGCAAAUCGGUGAGGACAAAGCCACUAUCCCAGUGACAGAUACAGAGUUCAACCAGACUGGAAACCCUCAGAGUUUCUGCACAGGUGUGUCUGUGCAUCAUCCUGCACUAAUCCAGAAUACUGGUCCCUUGAUUGACAUGUCAGACAUCAGACCAGGAACUAACCCAGUGUCAAGAAAGAGUGUUAAGUCAGCUCACAGCAUUAGGAAUCGUUACUCCAGUCAAUGGACUCUGACCAAGUGCCAGGCAUCAACGCCAGCCCGCACUCUCACCUCAGACUGGCGCACAGUUGGCUCACAGCAUGGCAUCACUGUCACAGAGAGUGACAGCUACAGUGCCAGCCUCUCGCAGGACACAGAUAAAGGUCGCAACAGCAUGGUGUCAACUGAAAGCGCCUCCUCCACCUACGAAGAGUUGGCAAGAGCGUAUGAGCAUGCCAAGCUGGAGGAACACCUGCAGCAUGCCAAAUUUGAGAUUACAGAAUGCUUCAUCUCUGACAGCUCAUCUGACCAGAUGACCACAGGUACCAAUGACAAUGCAGAUAGCAUGACGUCCAUGAGUACACCGUCAGAGCCUGGUAUUUGCCGUUUCACUGCCUCGCCCCCAAAACCCCAAGACUACGAUCGUGGCAAGAAUGUAGCCGUGCCCAUUCCACACCGUGCCAAGAGUGACUACUGCAACCUACCCCUGUACAUGAAGUCAGAUCCCUUCUUCAGAAAGCAGUCAGAGCAUCAUGACCCAUGUCCAGUGGUUCCACCACGUGAAGCCUCAAUCCGUGGCCUGGCCCAGAGGGCAUACCACACCCAGGGCCGUCAUGUGACAAUGGACUCUACAAAGCAGCAGGCUCUAACCAUGGGCCACUCUGGUCUGUCCAACCUCUCGUCCUCUGGGGUUUCCUCUGGAGGAGCAACGGGAGGUGGCGGUGGAGGUAGUGGAAGUGGAGGAGCAUCUGCUAGCUCCAGUAGCUCCACACUUCCCCAGAGGACUCUCACCAUGCCUGGUUCCUCUGCCUCAGUGGCCCAGAGUGCAGCAGCAGCCGCUGCUGCUACCGCUGCUGCUGCGGGGGCAUCAUCAUCCUCUGGUGGAGGUGGUGCAGCAGGGGCCACAGGUGGGACCCCUGGAGGUGCUUCCUCAUCCUCCUCCAAGAUGGGAGGAUCCAGAGACUCUCUGUUGGAGAGCAGCUCCUCGGGCUUAGGCAGACUACAGAAACAGAGAGAUGGAGCGUCAGGGGCCUACUCCAAGUCCUACACACUAGUGUAGCCUGGCAUCACUGCGGCCUGUCACUGUAACUCUUAAUAGAUUGCUGGUCAAGCCAGCGCUUGCCUGGAGCCUCUAUGGAAAAGUGGGGUGAGGAACAUACACAUGCACAGCUGACCCGUCCGUGCCUGAGCUGUGCCAGACUGUAGGGAGCUGGUUGGGUUCCCAUCGACACUACUGUAAGAAGGGGUCAGAAUUGGGUCUCCACAGCACAGGGGUUUGCCUUUCUUUCUGCCUGAUUGCUUUCUACUAAGUCGUCUUUCUCUAUCUCUUAUUUCUCCACCCUGGGAAUCACUUGCCAAAACGUAAAUGAUUUAUCUAUUUACUUCAUCUUUUCAUCUUCUGGUAAAGACACAGUACUUAUGCACAAAAUGCUUUCCACAUGCACUGUCUUGUUUUCUGCUAUCAAGACAGUAGUAGAAUAAACCAGGUUGUUUGAGUUGACAUGUGUUUAAGGAUUUUAGGUUUUUAAAUAAGUUACUUUUCUGGUUUCUGAUGGAAGAGGAGCUCAUAUCACAGCAUUGUGCCAUUGCAGGAUGCUUUUACUGUAUGCAUUAACCACCAACGUUGGUGUUACACUGGCUCUUCGAGGUUAUUCAAUCAUGGAUUCAUACAGUAGAGGCAGUGAAAGGACUGCUGUCUCAAUAUCAGUUUUGAGACGAGGGGAAUUUUCUUAUACAUGCAAUGAAUGAUGGUAUAAUGGUCUUAAUUGAUGCUUUUAUAAAUAGACUCAAAGCAGAGGAGUAAAAAAAAUGUUAAGCAUCAUCAAGUGAAAGAUGAAUCCAAACCUUUUUUCAUCAGUUUUCUGUUUAUUUUCUGAUGAUGGAAAUAUAAUCUCAUGUGCACUAAGAAAAGGUUAGAAUGGAUCCAAGUAACAGAAACCUUCACAAGCCUGCGUGUGUGUGCGUGUGGGUGUAUAUGUGUAAAUAUAUAUAUGUAUACAUGUGGCAGGCACACACCAACAGUGGACCUUUUUAAAAUCAAUCUGUAUGCUGACCUCUUGGGCAGACGUCUGUGUCAAAACUGACUCCCUCCCCUCCCCUGAAUCUUCAUUUUGUACCUGUGAAAGGGGAUACAGGGACCAUGAUGAUGCUAGCGAUUUUUUUUUGUUUUGUUUUUUUUAAGUGUGACUGACAGUGCUGACCAGGAAAUGAGAAACACUGAAAAGGAAGUGGGUUCAAAAGAGAGCAAAUACACAUGAUAAGAAAGAGGUUUCUUUCUUUUUCUCUCUUUCCCGCCCUCAGAACAUAAACAAGGAGACCCUUGUAUGUUUCAUCAUGGUGCCACAUUGCCAUUAUUCAUCAUUUAAACCAUUUUACCUGUACCCACUAUCCUUUACUAUUCAUCCCCACCUUUUACUAUUACCCACCCAUCAUAUCCAUACAGUGUCACUGUGACCUACAGCUAGCGUACUGGCUAGUUAAAAAGAAAACAGACUGAGAGAUUAGGUCUAAUAUGCACAGACAGACAGAAAUAGUAUUUGAUGCUCAAUAAAAAGUUGCAAACAUACAGUAAAUUUAUAGAGAUGUAUACAAGAAAUCAUAUUUGUAUAAAGUGAUUUAUGAACAGACAAUGACUUUGAUACUUGGAGACGUCAAGUGUAGAAAUUGCAGUUGUUUAGGGAAUAGGGAGGGGGUUACAUAGGCGAGAGAAACCUUUUUCUUCAGAAAGAACUCGUCCCCAAAGCUAAAAUAUGUGUUUUCCAGUCCCCCCACCUCACCAAAAUUGAUUUAAGCUUUAUGCAUGGUACUGUAUCUGUUAACAUUAUAUUUAUUUUUCCCCCCAUUUCUUCUCCCAAAGCUUAAUCCCAUAACAAAGAUCGUUCCAAAAAAUAGAGUUGCUCCAAAUGUUUUGCAAUGGUAAAACGUAACAUCAGGGCUCUCGCAAUAGAAAAAAUAAAAAGAUAUGAUAUAUGUUUGUUUUCAAAAGUAUGUACAUAUAUAUUUCUAUUCAAAUAUAUAGCAAAUAUAUGAAUAUUGAAAAAAGCAGAGAAAUAUAAAAGCCGUUCUAAUUGAAAAUAUAUAUAAAAGAUCACAAGACAAUCGCUUAGAGUAAAAAAACUGCAAGAAGGAAGGAAGGAUGAAAAAGAAGAGGGAAGCUCAUGAUUUAAACGGGUAACACAACCAUGGACGGUAGAGAAAGAAAAUGGUGUGAAAUAAAGUGAAGUGGUGAAACUGAGUUUUGAGGAAUGGUACAAUGAUUCCUUGUGAUUUUGUAAAUGUUUCAGCUGCAGAGCCUGUGCAGCAGGAAGCAGCUGAACGGACAAGCACAGUGAAGUCAAAUUAUAGUGUGAGAUUGUGUUGCUGGUUAACUGUGGUCUAUGGCUCAGUACAGAAAGUGUGGUGUUGAAAAAGAAAACAUAAAACAAGGACAGCCUAUACAGUAAGUGAGCCUAUUGUAAUAUGUUGUAUUGUACCUUCCAAAGGUGUGUUCACAAGCUCAAUGCCAUUACCUGACUAUAGAUAAUGAAGACAAACUUCUCUGUCAUAGCAACUCCUCCCCAGACUCCGGGACUGCAGGUCAAAAUACAUACCACAUAGUAAAACCUUUAGCUGCCCAUUACUGCAUUCACGCUACAUUUUUAUUUUUAAUUAAACAGGAAUUAGAGUACAAGAAGGGAGAAAUUAAUUUUUGCUUUACAUUUUUUAUGAUUACGAUGCCUUUCAUGUUUCAAAUUAUGCAAAUACUUAUUUUCAGAAAAAAACAAAACACAAAGUUGGGAAUGGGGCAGGUCUGUUUUAGCAACUAAAACAGAGGCUUCCUAACUCCAGUUGUAUGGAUAUUGGAUGGAGCGAUGAAAUAAUCUCCUGCCCAAUCAGCUUUCCCUAGCACUUGUUCUUGUGAAGUUGCUUUUACUGUGAAACACAGAUUUCAUGUCAGUUUGCUUAAAGUAAAUGUCUGUUUUUAAUGAAAAACUCCACCCUAAGACAUUUUUACAUAUAUAUUUUUUUUUACUUCCUUUUUUUUUUUUUUUUUUUUUAAUCUCUAUUCACAUGUAAAUUUAGUUUGACACUACCUUUGCUCAAGUCAUUCACUAUUAAUCAAUAUGACGCUUAUUUUAGUCAGUUUUAAUAUGCUUUAUCCAAAUGUCAAGAUACUGGCACUUUUCAGUCUAAAAUACACAGGGACAUAAAUUAAUUAGCCUGUACAUUAUUUAAUACUAAUUUUGACUCAUUACUCUCACAGUUCUGAUUACAGUACUGCUGUAAUGUUGAUACAUGUUGGUGAGUCUCAUUACUAAUUGUACAAUAAAGCAGAUUAUGUCACUGUUAAAUAAUGUACGAUAUUAAAAUGUACAAAAAUAGAUGGUAAGUGAAAUCUUAAGAUGCCAGAAUUUCUGCCCAUAUUAAAGUGCAAGAUUUACUAAAAUAUCAGCAGUUACAGAACAGUGGUGAUUUAGGUGGAUUUUUUCUUAAAACACAAAGACAUUCCUUCAAACUGACAAAAUCUGUAUCUGUAAGGCCAACAUCACAUGUGCUACAUCCCUAACCUUUUCCACACCUGCUCAACCAAUCAGACCCCCCCCCCCCCCCCACUUUACCCCUUGCCCACAUUUACUACAUAAUUUCUACUCCAUAGAAGACUUGUGUACAUAGGAAAGUGUUUUGUAUAAAAUGAGUACUAUUUUCGACAUCUUCACUAGAAACCAGGGCACAAUGUAAACUUUGAACUGAAGUUAUUGUUAUGAACCAGAAGAGGACUUAAUGAAAAACUAUAGAAAUAUACAGACACUGCUUUAUCUUGAUUUAUCGACCAGUUGAAACAUGUCGUCAGAGUGGACCAUGCAUACUUAACAAUAACUCUUCUUUUACAGGACAGUUAAUUACGUUUUAUUCCUGUUUUGUUUUAUUUUUUAUUCUAUUUUUUCUUUUUUUUUUUUUUUUGUUUAUUUUUUUUGUUACUUUGUCACAGAUUGCUUACUUUUUUUUUAGUUUGCUUUUUUAUUAUCCCACUUUUUUGGAGGAGGACAGCAGCAUUGCAUGUUCUGAAAUUUUUGCUGGUUAUUAAAGUAAAAGGGAAAUGGUGAUUUGAACUAUAUAAACGGGGAUUAAUUAAAACAUUUUAAAAAUGCAGAGGUUGUUCCUUAAACUUUUAUGGGGAAAUGUUGCUUCAAAUUUGCAAUUGCUUGUGUUUAACUCUACAUUUUCUUUUCUAUGAAAACAAACAAAAACAGAAAAAGAGUACUCAACACCUUGUGCAAUAAAGAUAUCUUUUUAUGAACUGUGA